GAAGCGCUGCUGCCGAAACACCCAACAACCUUCUACUCCCGUUUGUAAUAAACACAUUCCGGAUUAUUUUUUAUGGAUUUAUAAAUGCACGCUUUUCACGGAUUGCACCCAGGCCUGGGAAGUGUUAUUCAAGGAGAGAUUGGAAUUUAGAAGUUUCCUCCAGCAGGGAACGGGAUUGAUGUCUUAAUGCAACUGUUUUGGAAAGAGACUAAGGGCAUCUUGACGAAGACUCCAAAUAAAACGUAUUACGGUGACAUCCCGUUCUCGCCGGGCACAGUAGGUGUUUCGGCUUUUCUCGGCUCCACUGGGGAGAUGUUUCAGGGGUUCCCCGGAGACCCCGACACCGGCUCCCGUGGAAGCUCAUCUCCUUCUCUUGAAUCUCAGUACCUGUCGUCCGUGGAAUCCUUCGGGAGUCCGCCCACCACCAGCGCACCGCAAGAGUGUGUAUCAGCCACUGGCGUGGUAGGGGUGGGUGAAGGGUCAACCGGCACCGGGGCAGGGGUGGACAUGCCCAGCUCAUUUGUGCCCACAGUGACGGCCAUCACCACCAGCCAGGAUCUGCAGUGGAUGGUGCAGCCCACUCUCAUCUCCUCCGUGGCACCAGGGCAAAGCGGCACGGGCUCCAGCACCAUGACGCAGCCUGUUGCUUUGGAUCCUUAUGACCUGCCAGGCCCAAGCUUUUCGUCGGGUGGAGGAUUCACCUCACCAAGCUCUGAGACUCCUGGCACAGUGAGACAGUCUCGGAGCCGUCGCCGUGCACGCGAUGAAACGCUGACACCUGAGGAGGAAGAGAAAAGACGUGUUAGACGAGAGAGAAAUAAACAGGCUGCCGCUAAGUGUAGGAACCGACGGCGUGAGCUCACAGACAGGUUACAGUCGGAGACAGACAUUUUGGAGGAGGAGAAGGCCGAGCUUGAGGCCGAAAUAUCCGAGCUGCAAAAGGAGAAGGAGCGCCUGGAGUUCGUCCUGGUCGCCCACCAACCCGGUUGCAAAAUUCCCUAUCAGGACCAGCCCCCCGCGCCGCUGCCGCUGCCACUGCCACUGCCACUACCGCAGACAUCCCUGCAGACGCCUUCUGUCUCCGUGGUGGGUUUGAGUGUGAAGGAGGACACUUUCUAUCUGCCGCCGGCCUACUCGUCCCACCACCACCACCACGUCCCGGUUUCACAGCCCACGCAGACACAGCCGGCCCCAGCACAACAGCAGCAAGGGAUGAUGCAGGAGGUAGCCUUUUCUAGUUCUUUCUAUGGGCAGGGCCAGCCGGCGCCGGACGGCCCGUGCCUUGUUGCCGACGGUGGCGGUAGCCCUGACACCGGCAGCUACAUCCCCUCAUACACAUCUUCAUUUGUGUUCACCUACCCAGAGGGAGCCUGCGGGGCCAGCGCUAACCAGCGAACCAGCAGCAGCGAUCAGUCCUCUGAUUCCCUGAACUCACCCUCGCUUCUUGCACUUUGAGAGCUCUGUGUCUCUCUGCCUCUGCUUGCCUGUCGACAGCAACACAUGCACACUUACAAAUUCAAACAUUCUGUAUUACACCUCUCAGACGUUGCACUGAUCUUUUACAUUAAAGCCUUUCGAUUUGAAACCGAGGCCCAGAUGCCUUAGCAUCUGAGUGACUUCAUCAAAUGAUGUAAGUGUAUAUUAAUUCACAAUGAAUUCAGGCUUAGUAUCAAGAUGAGUCAGUAGCCCAUGCACGCACACUCACACUCACACACACACACUUAAAUUGUCAUAGUCAUUCAAAUCCGUUUGACAUAACAAUAAAAGCACAUCAGCGCACUCCCCCUUGCUUUUAUCUUUUCUCGUUCUGGCUUACAUUGGUGUAUCAUCUCCCUCCUUCUCUCUCUAUCCACGCCAGGUGCCUGCUGUGUAUUUGUCUAAGCAAAAAAGGGGACACAGAACUGCUUUGUGGGUUUUGUUUUUUGUUUCGGGCUACCUUGCUACCCUUUCUUUCUCCAUCCAGUUCAUCCACACCUCUUCCUGUGACAAAAGGACAUGACCACACACUCUACAGUACCUAUCUCUCGUUUUUUUUCUCCCUUUGUUGUCCAUCUCCACAUCUGUUUCUCCUCUCUCCUGUCUCUAUGUACCUACGGUUCUCUCUGAAGUCUCCGGCCCCUGAGAGCCUGUUGGACCCUGAAAGCCCAUGGAACCUUGAGUGAGUGCCAGCCCACAUCCCAACACCACAAUUUCCCUUCGCACGGACCAUCCCACAGUGGAACCUCAAAAUUUCAAAAUAUCGAAACGAACCAGCCACAGCGCAGAUCAAAUGCCAUCUCAGAUGCCACCACACUGCUAAAGGAACGGGACUCUUUAUUUCUCCUCCGCACUGAGGAUUUGAUUUUGGAUGAGCAAAGGCACACCGGCUAGACUUUGGCGAGGCCAGCGGAGGAGUUUUGGAGAGCCCUUGGAAUGUGGAGGUAUGAGAUGGUGGGAGUAUUCGCAUGACCAUGCUCUACCUGUCAUCUCCCGCUGGUCCUUUGAGAGCUUUCACACCGUGCUCACCCUUUCCCCUUUCUUGAGGAGUUUGUUUGCUUGUUUCAUUCUGUGUUUUAAUGAUAGUAUUAACUCCGAUCUCAAAAGUGGCUUAUCUGAUGAUAACAUAAAAGAAUGGCUCGACACUCUGUGUUUGAAGAGCAUUAUAAUGAGCAACCAAAAAAAAAAAAAAAAAGGACAACCUCUUAGUUUUGGAUGUGUGGCCUCUGUGCUUCUUAAAGUCCUUGACAUAGUCCUUGAGUUGUGGAUGUGGUUUAGCACAGCUCUAGGCUUUGAUUGUGAAUGGAAGUCACAGAGUACUACAUCUCCAGUUGCUUGCUUUCUUUAAGGGGGUUGUUGCUGUUGCUGUUGUUGUUAAAAUGGAAAAAAGCACAAAUGCCGGCUGCGGACGGAAGGAACACAAACAGUUGCCAACCUAAAGGAUGGGAUGUGCUUUUGAAUAUGAACCGUUUACUUUCCUGUGAAUGUUUUUGAUGUUUUGAGUUACUGAUUUUUCAUGAUGCUUUUUCUCUUUUGCUCUUGAUUGUGCUGUUGCUGCCAAAUGGAAGAAUUUUGUGGGGCUGUUAGCUGCUCCUUCUAUCUGUUACUGUUGUCUUACUGCAGUUAUCACAAAUAUUGUUAUUAUGGUUAUUAUGAUUAUUUCAUAGCUAUCUCAUGUUGGCAACUAAAAAGGCAUGUUGUGCACUAUGAACCUUUUUUAUGUCUAAAACUAUAUAUAUAAAAUAUAUAUAAGUAUAUAUUAUGUAUGCAUAUAUAUAUAUAU